AAAUAAUAACGAUCUUAUUUCAAACUCUAAAUGCCUUGUUGAACUCCUGGCUGUGUAUAAAGCAGGCGGACGCCAGUGGUCUGAUGUAAAUGACCGUCCGGACUGCUGCACGCGGUCACCUGAUGCCUGUUACUUUUCUCCGCGCUGCUCAGGAUCGCUCAAUCACAGUCGACCGCGAGCACCGCUCAUGCGUGUUUACAAACGACUUCAUAGCGAUUUGCCUGUGCGUGUUAGGUACUGCACUUCAUAUUUGUAAAAGAUUACAACAUUUGCAGUCCAAACGUCUGCAGGAAGGCAGAGGCCACGGUGAGAAGUGCAUGCGGUGAAUGAGCGCCGCCUGCGGGAGCGAGCCGUGGUUCUCUGCGAAACUCUCAGCGUCGAGCCUGAAGCCUGCGGCCAGCAAUGAGAAGCGCACAGAAGAGCGAGAGCGAACAUUAUUCCUGAUCAGCAGAUUUCAGAUCGCAGGGAAACAUGGUUCAGUCCUGCUCGGCGUACGGAUGCAAAAACAGAUACCACAAAGACAAAAACAUCUCCUUCCAUAAGUUUCCUCUGGCGCGGCCGGACGUCUGUGGGAGGUGGGUGGCCGCUAUGAAGAGAAGGAACUUCAAACCCACCAAGUACAGCAACAUCUGCUCUCAGCACUUCACCAGAGACUGCUUCAAACGCGAGUGCAACAACCGCGUGCUGAAGGACAACGCCGUGCCCUCGCUCUUCACCUCCAGCAAACUACAGGUGCAGGCAGCGUCUCUGGAGGAAACCUUCAGCCCAGACAUGGACUUUUCUCUGAGUCUCCCGCUGUCUGACGCUGAAGAGACGCCGGCGGUGCGUCCGUCUGAAGCAGAGCUCUGCCCGUCCACAGCGCUGCCGGAGCCCGGCCCGGACCUCCACACCAGCGCCUUCGUCUCCUGCGACCACAACUACACGGUGGAGGACACGGUGCAGCAGAAGAGACGCAUCGAGCAGCUGCAGGAACAGCUGGAGAAGCUGCGCAAGAGACUGAAGACGGUGCAGCAGAAGUGCCGGAGGCAGGAGAGGCAGCUGGAGCGCUUCCGAGCCAUGAGCGAGGUCCAGAAGCCCGGCAAGGACGCGGCGCUGGGAGAAAGCUACGUCAUCCUGCCCAAAGAGAUCUACGACGUCCUGAAAGGAAUAGAGACCAUCGGUGCGUCGUGAAGGAAGUCGAGCAACAGAGAGUCACGGUUUUAAAGUGGUUCUAGCGUCUCCUUUGGGGGAUAUACAUCAUGACUUGUGUUCUGAAUGUGUGUGAACGUAAGACGUUUCUCUUUGACUGAAGCGGGUUCAGAUGGACUUUGGUUACACAGAAUGAUCGUCUGCUUCAGAGCUGAACUAACUCAACAUGCAAUAACUGUGUGAGAGGAUUCAGGUGUGAUCAUUCGUCCGUUUGCAGCGUCUGAAUACGUCUGCUUCGGUCAGAGAAACUAAACUCUUUAGCACUUGUGAAAAUAGUUUGUGCACUUGGAUGCCAGAUGAGCCUCGGUGCACGAGAGACUGGAGCGACGCUGACUCCGUGACAAACACUUCAGUAAAUCAGGGUCUCAUUAUGAUUUGUUGAAAUGGUAGCAGAUCAGUGUUUGUUCUGUUAUUAAAUGGGUUUUUUUCUAAAUUAAACCUCUAGAGUUAAUACUGACUAGUUUAUUUUGAUUUGAUUAAUGUACUACGAUGACCAGACUUCACUAAACACAUUUUCAGUAGCCGUAGAGUCACAUAUCAAAGGGCUUUGAGCUGUUUGUUGUCGUUUUCUCACCCUUUGCUUGUUCAUUUAUUAUUUACAAAACGGUAAUAAUUGUGGAAUCAAUGUAAGCCAUAUAUGGGUAAAAAUAUAUUUUUGCUGGGAAAAACUCAUUGUUGCCUUACAGUCACAGUGCAGAUGUUCAUGUGUUUGACUGUCAAUACAACGCUCUCAUUCUUGACCUGA